AUGUUCAGGGAAGAGCCCCGCGCUCCCGGCGCCCCGGAGCCCCCGGAGCCCCCGGACGUCCCGCGCGCGCGCGCCCCGCAGCCUCGCCUGCGCCGCCGGCUGCUGCCCGAGCUCUCGGCCUUCUUGGCGCGCCUGCUCUUCUGCGUAGCGCCCGUCUACCUGGCCGGCUACCUGGGGCUCAGCACGCUCUGGCUGCUGCUGGGUGCCGGGCUGUGGGCGUGGUGGCGGAGCAACCGCCGCGGGAAGCUGGGGCGCCUGGCGGCCGCCUUCGCCUUCCUCGACCACGAGCGCCAGUUCAUCAGCCACGAGCUGCGGGGCCAGCACCUGCCGGCCUGGAUCCAUUUCCCUGAUGUGGAGCGAGUGGAGUGGGCCAACAAGAUCAUCUCACAGACGUGGCCCUACUUCAGCAUGAUCAUAGAGAACAAGUUCCGGGAGAAACUCGAACCCAGGAUCCGGGGCAAGAGUGUCCACUUGAGGUCCUUUUCCUUCACCAAGCUCCACUUCGGACAGAAGUGCCCCCGAAUCAAUGGCGUCAAAGCCCACACAGACCGGCGCAACCGCAGGCGGGUGGUGCUGGACCUGCAGAUCUGCUACAUUGGGGACUGUGAGAUCAGCGUGGAGCUGCAGAAGAUCCAGGCCGGCGUGAAUGGGAUCCAGUUGCAGGGCACUCUACGCAUCAUCCUGGAGCCCCUCCUGGUGGACAAGCCCUUCGUGGGCGCCGUGACCCUGUUCUUCCUGCAGAAGCCGCACCUGCAGAUCAACUGGACUGGUCUGACCAACCUGCUGGACGCACCCGGAAUCAACGAGAUGUCGGACAGUCUUCUGGAGGACCUCAUCGCCGCGCACCUGGUGCUGCCCAACCGCGUGACGCUGCCGGUGAAGAAGGGACUGGACGUGACUCGGCUGCGCUUCCCUCUGCCACACGGAGUGAUCAGGGUGCAUUUGCUGGAGGCGGAGAAUCUGGCCGAGAAGGACCACUUCCUGGGCAUCCCAGGCAAGUCAGACCCCUAUGCCAAGCUGAGCAUUGGCCUGCAGCACUUCCGCAGCAAGACCAUCUAUAAGGACCUGAACCCCACUUGGAAUGAGGUGUUUGAGCUCAUCGUCCAUGAAGUUCCUGGGCAAGACCUGGAAGUUGACCUUUAUGAUGAGGAUGCUGACAGGGAUGACUUUUUGGGCAGCCUGCAGAUAUGCCUGGCAGAUGUCAUGACCAACAGAGUGGUAGAUGAGUGGUUUGUGCUGAAUGAUACGGCCUGUGGGCGACUGCACCUUCGGCUGGAGUGGCUGUCACUCAUCACAGACCCCGAGGCUCUGACUGAGGACCAUAGUGGUCUGUCCACUGCCAUCCUCAUGGUCUUCCUGGAGAGUGCCUGCAACCUGCCGAGAAACCCCUUUGACUACCUCAAUGGAGAGUAUCGGGCCAAGAAACUCUCCAGGUUUACCAAGAACAAGGCCAGCAGAGACCCCUCUUCCUAUGUCAAGCUAUCGGUGGGCAGGAAAACUUACACAAGCAAGACAUGUCCCCGAAGCAAGGACCCUGUGUGGAGCCAGGCCUUCUCCUUCUUCGUGAACAAUGUGAUGGCCGAGCAACUGCAUGUGAAAGUGCUGGACGAUGAGCAGGAGUGUGCUCUGGGUACGUUGGACUUCGACCUGUGUCAAAUGCUGCCCUGCGCAGACCUUACCCUCGAGCAGCGCUUCCAGCUGGACCACUCGGGCCUGGACAGCCUCAUCUCCAUGAGGCUGGUGCUUCGGUUCCUGCGCGUGGAGGAGCGAGAGCUGGGGAGCCCAUACACCGGCCCUGAAGCGCAGAAGAAAGGCCCCCUGUUUGUUAAGAAGGUGCCCACCCAGCAGGGCCAGGAAACCACACACUCAGGAAAGGGAGGCGCAGACCCGCUUUGCCCCCCUGCUGCAGCUUCUGCUGCCAGUGAAGAAGCCUCAGAGAGGACCCCGACCACCACAGCGCCGGGCCCCCAAGAGACUGGUCUCGAAGAGCCCCAAGGCAAGGACAGUGCCAAAGGGCUCCAAGCACCCCAGGGAGAGAAGAGCUCAGCCACCAUCUUCCUGACCGUCCCCGGCCCCCACUCUCCAGGGCCCAUCAAGUCACCCAGACCGGUGCAGGGCCCCGCUGCCCCAUUUGUGUGGCCGCCCCACGGGCUGGCCUCCAGCGUGGCCUCGCUCAACUCCUUGACCUCCUGCUUUGAUCUGACCAGCCACAACCUUCACCUCGAAGGCGGGGCGCCCUGGCGGCGGGCGCUGGGCGAGAUCCGGCUCACCGUGCGCUACGUGUGUCUGCGGCGAUGCCUCCGGGUGCUGGUCAACGGCUGCAGGAACCUGACACCCUGUACCAGCAGUGGAGCUGACCCCUAUGUUCGAGUCUACUUGUUGCCUGAGAGGAGAUGGACGAGCCGGAAGAAGACCUCAGUGAAGCGCAAGACCCUGGAGCCCCUCUUUGAUGAGACAUUUGAAUACUUUGUUCCCAUGGAAGAAGUACAGAAGAGGUCACUGGACAUCGCGGUGAAAAACAGUCGGCCACUUGGAUCUCACAGGAGAAAGGAGCUGGGGAAAGUCCUGAUUGACUUAUCAAAAGAAGACCUGAUUAAGGGCUUUUCACAAUGGUAUGAGCUGACUCCAGAUGGACUGCCGAGAAGCUGAUGAUCCCUAGACAGCACACCUUGAU